UUAGCCAAUCAGAAACGCCGUUUUUGAAUUCAUUCUAGCGUCGUCGUUCGUUGGCGCUUGGCUUCUGCGGCAAAUCUACGUUCAUUCAUCGUGUUUAUGUUGCGUACUUUUCGUUUCGCUUUUGUGUUAUUUGUUUAGAAAUUGUUUGAAUAUUCCGUGUAGUGUGUGUAAACAAGAAGAAAUCGUAACUGAAACAAGAAGUUGUGAAUCGAUGAGUACUAUAAUAUUGUGACAAAAUGUCUACCAGAAGCGGUCGGGUAAGAGCUAGCGUUAUAGAAGUGAGUCCUGCAAGAACACGAAAAGGUGUUUCGCCGACGCGUUCUCCCGCCAGAACGCGGAAAAGUUCGCCGCCGUCCGGGAAAACUCCGCCUCCCGCGCGCUCUUCUGGCCGUAAAUCUCCGCAAAAAUCGCCUAGCCGAAAACCAGCGUCCAAGUUUCCCGCACGUAAAUCACCGUCGAGAACUACCAAGGAAACGAUACAAACAGAGGUACCAAAUGUGCCAAAAUCUCCAGCUAAACGGCCUCCCAUUGAUUCUGAAGUGGCAGUGGCGGUCAAACUUGACGAUUUGUCGUCAAAAAUCGAAGUUUACAGACGCACACGUUCAAAACGAUUAGAAUACUCCCUGAAAGAUCUGGCAUCUAGUAUUACUGAGAGUGAAUUUUCACUCAACAGUGUAAAUGGCUUGGAAUCUAGCGAUAUAUACGGUCUCAGAAAUAGGAGGUCUGUCGAGGAGGUCGCGCCACGUAGGUCGAGUAGGUUGCGAGAGUUCAUUGACGUGCCUGACAUUAGACGCAGUCUCAGCAAAUCUGCAAGCCUUAGUAAAUCUAUUAGCAAAUCAGUCAGUAAAUCAAUAGGAGCAUAUUCUGAUGAGGAAAAUUCUGAAGAGGAUUACCGCAGAGGCAAGUCACAGUCCGUGACCAGGAAGCUAGCAACCCCAUUGCGAAACAGUAUCAGCAGCUUGACUCAAGUUGCCAACAAAUGGGAGUUUGGCGGCAGAAUUGGUUCUCUGUGCUUAAUGCUCCUGAUACCAGCAACAGUAUUCUCUAUAUUGAUUUCUUGUAGAAAGUUCUGCUCUCCCAAAUCUCUUUUAGAUCUGUCUACAUAUAAAUCUCUUCAAGUAUUCUUUAGUUUACAAGCUCUGUGCUUUAUCCUCGUCCAAUAUGUUGUGCAAGCCAUAUUUGCGGUUGUACCAAUAUUUGGUACGAGGUCAGACCGCAUGGAUGAUUCUGGCAUGAUGCACUGUUUCAAUGGUUUCUUCUCCAGCAUUGUUUCUGUGAACACCCUCUUCCUAUUGGAUUACUUUGAAAUAAUUGGGAAAGAGACAUUGUUGAAUGAGUACCUGAGACUCGCAGUUGUGUCCUAUAUUUUUGCUGUUGUACUAAGUAUUGUUUUGUACAUAAAAAGUGGAUAUCUAAACAAAGAUGAGUUGAAUCAGUAUGGAAACACUGGAUAUACAUUGUAUGAUUUCUUCAUGGGAAGAGAAAUUCAUCCAUUUAUCAAGAAUCUGGAUGUGAAAAUUUGGAUAUCAAGGAUUUCUAAUAUUACAUCUCUAAUACUUCUAUCACUGAUCUUCACUCAAGGACUUCAAUUUAAAUUGACAGAGAAAAAUGAUUUGUCUAUGGAAAACUUGAAAAUGUUGCUGAGCAAUGUACAGUUGAAGCCGACCGUUGUAAUAUUUUCUACAAUGCAGAUAGUUUAUAUCCUGAACUUUAUUAUGAGGGAGUACAGGAUCACGUCGACGUUUUACUGGCAGUCUGAAGGGGUAGGGUACCUCCAGACGGUCUCAAGUGCACUGUACCCAUUCUACUUCACAACAAUAUCUAAACACGUGGCAGACACAGACCUCGUUCUGUCUACUAACACUUUAAUCUCUGCUUCUCUACUAUUUGUGCUGGGAUUCUUCAUAAUGCUUCUUAGUAACAAUAUUAAAUAUGAGUUCAGGAAAUAUCCUCUUCAUCUAAGCUUGGCAAACGUAGAUUCCAUGCCGACAUUUCAUGGAAAGAAACUCCUUGUCUCCAAUUUGUGGGGGAUCUUGCGUCAUCCGAACUAUGCUGGUGACAUGCUGAUCCACAGUGCCCUGGCAUUACCCGGGCUCAUCAGUGGCCAAUAUGUGGCGGCUGCACCAGCUAUUCUAACCAUCGUGAUGUUGAUGCACCGCGCCUGGCGGGACCACGAGAGAUGCAAGCGCCGUUACGGAGCAGCCUGGCAAAGAUACUGUAAAAGAGUCCCCUCGGUUCUCAUACCUAAACUUCUUUAACUUCUAUUUAUUUUCUUCCCUUCUUCAGGCUGUUCAAACUAUUGUUUCACAGACCUCUUCCAGAAAGAAUAUCAGUUGACUCUGGAAUUAUCAAUUGUCUAUAUCUUGACUCGAAUGUGAAAGAUCUUAAAAUUAAGAGCAUUACUGCUUAGUAAUGUAGAUUUAUGUAUGUAUUUUAGAUAUUAUGUGGUUGAGAAUUUAAUUUCUUGUAAAUAGAUACUUCUAUGUAUUUCAAGCAAUAAUAUUGAUGCAUCACAUUUUAUGCAAAUGAAAUAUUAUAUUUUAGAUCUCUUUGUGAAGAAAUACUAUUUUAAUGAAGUUUUUACGACAUAUCUAUCGUUAAUAAGUUAGUAUUUGAGAUUAAUUACUGCCUUACGAAACCACCGUACAAAAUUAGACUACUUAAAUUGGGCUCUCUUUAUUUUAUUAUUUUGUAAUCGUUUUUUUAAAUAUUGACUUAUACAAAUCGUGUUUUGGUAAUGUGGUUUUCAUAUUAUUUGGAGUGUCGUGCUGUUUUCAAGUUAUAUUUAUACAAGAGAAACUUUUGAAAACACGUUUGUCUCCCAUUUGAUGAAAGUUAUAAGGAUUUAAAAUUAAUGUGUAUUUUGUCCCGUGUUCCAUGAGUGUAAUUCAGAAUAAUAUUCUUUGUAAUUUACCUAGAUGUUGAAGCUAUUUGCUAUGGUUAAACUUAAGUCUAGUUUUAAUAUAACUAACAGAUAAUAUAUUAUAGAUAAUAUAUUAAACUCAGAUUAGCACAAUAUUUAAGUACAUUUAUAGUACAAACACGCCUAAAAUUUCAAAGUAAAAAAGACCAAUUAUGUGACUUAAGACUCUAGAAUUAUACAUAUUAUAUUUUAUAUUAGUAAUUAAGACAGAUAUGUCAUUAUUUACAUACGAAUGAAGAUAUCAUAUAGGAUUGGACAGGUAUCAGUUUUUUUUUGUAAUUAGAGUAAUGAAAUUCUCAAUGUAUUUUUAUUAUUUAAGGUUUCUGAUUAUUUCAAUUAGAUUUUGUAAGUUUGUAUUCGGUAGAAAUACCUUUUUCUAAUCUGACAUGUAUUUAAUAUGAGUGCCUCAAUGUAUUAUUUAAUCGCACUAAUGAGCUCAAAGAAUAUUGUUAUAGAGUAAAUCCAGACUACAAUAAUAUAAUUUUUGAAAAUUUUCAGACCAUUGCUCAUUUUGAUAGUUUAAUUCGUAUCUUGCUCAAAGUACAGCACAAAAGUAUUGUAGCUAAGUUUGUAAUGAUACUUAAUUACUAUACCGCCUUCUGGUAUCAGACAGUGAAACUAUAUGUUAACUUGCUAAGAAGCAACUAUUGCCAUAUUAGGAUGAGGUACAUAAAUGUUUUGUUUGAUUUUAAUAUUCUUGUAAUUUCACUUUUAAUUAUGCUAUAUUGCCACAAUUUUAAUAAAGAUUUUGUACAAAGUGUAAAGAA